CUCAACACUACAUUUCGCAACUACUAUUAGUAGUUCUUGUACUGUACUGUACUAGAGAUAGUCCGAUAGAAACGCUAAGUCUGUACUUUUCGGUCAUUUCGAUCUCCUUGAUUCUUUUCCGAGCCCGCCAUCCAACGAUCACGAUGACAGAAUGUUCUUUUGUACCGUAGCUGUGAAGAAGACCACCGCAGAGGAAGGGCAGCAACAAAGGAGGCCACACCAAACGAGGCUUGACCUAGYAGAUAGACAACCGACUGCGGUCCCACAGAGAACCCYYGGCAGAGAGCAGCACGAUGAACCGCGAACCCUGUAGGAAAGCUUGCCAUGCACUGGCCCGCGCCCUCGGCAACCAGCGACCACCAAAGGGAGGACCCCUGGGCGGGAACCAGUGCCCGGGGGUUGUUUCGGCAAGACACCGGAACCGGGCCGGAGUUUCUACGGUUGCCGAAAACCAGAUCGCCCGGUGGCUGAAGGAGGGCGGCGAGGAUGCCCUGGGGAACAAGGGGAAGAAACUGGUUGUGGAUCGGCACGGGGAUGCUUCCGCCGGGAUGGCCGUGAACCAGCACGAUGUGGUCCACAGCAAAAUCCUGGCGGACAACAACAUCCGGCCCGAGUCGAUCGAGCGCCGCCUCGAAAUGGACAGGGACUGGGAGAAGCUGAAAGCGAGAAUCAGGGAUGCCUGGGAAGAACACAGAGGCAAGACAACAAGACACGGAGACAACAACGACGACCWMGCAAGGCUUUCGAUCCACGAAUUUUCRRAGAGUGAAACAGCGAGGGAACUCUUUUCCGAGGACGUGAAASGGCUCGACCUGCAAGCAAAACGAGUGAACGAAGCCGCGAUCAGUGAUUCUUUGCGAUUCAAUGGGCGAUCACCCGUUCGCCAUGCAAAACCCUUCGUAUUGGAAGACCGCAUAGUGAUGGCCCUGGAAGAGGACGACGACGACGACGACGACGACGACGACAAUUGAACAGCAAGAAGCCCCGAGUACACUCAGCAGUAUCGAGUGAUGUCAUAUCUCGAGAGGAGAGGAUGGGCCCAAAGAGAAUUACGUGAACAAAAGGAAAUCGAAUCCAAAAGCGAGGUACCAAUAUAUAACUAAAUGGUUU